AUGCCACAUGAACGUUCCAAACAGAGAUCACUGGUGAAAAGCUCUAAGAACAUGAUCCGGAAAUUCAGUUCUGGGUCUGGGCUCAAGAGAAAGGAUAAAGGUGUGGGGCGAGACAAGCCCACAUUCUGUGUUCCCUUGGAGGCAGCCAGGCUACAUAUCCGCUUGGAAUUUAUUGUGGGAAUGUAUAAUGCUGCUCUAAACAGAUUUUCUGCCAAUCAGACCCCCAACUUUCCUAGAUCCUGCCGUCUCACCGAUCCACCACCCCCUGAGAUCUAUGUGGACCUGAUUGAGGCCAAAGGUCUCCCCGGGGAAUUCUCACCAUCCUUCAUCCAACUCCAGAAGAGCUUCAUAAAAAGUCAUCCCGUCAAGCUGAAAAACCUCCUGAGGCUGGUGAAACACUGGUACCUGCAGCAUCUGAAAUUCCACUGUCCCAAAGCCCCUCUACCCCCAAUAUAUGCCCUGGAACUACUCACCAUCUAUGCCUGGGAGAUGGGAACCAAUGAGGCAGAAAAUUUCAACCUGUCUAGAGGCUUUGUGAGUGUCAUGGAGCUCCUCCUGGACUACAAAGACAUCUGCAUUUAUUGGACCACAUACUACAGCCUCCAGGACCAGAUCAUUGGGAACUUUGUGAAGCAGCAACUAAAGAAGGAAAGACCUGUCAUCUUGGACCCAGUGGAUCCCACCCACAAUGUAGGAGAGGGAAAGCGAUGGGAUCUGGUGGCCCAGAGAGCUGCCCAGUGCCUGAAGCAGAUAUGUUGUUUAGACAAGGAUGACUACCAGAUCCCAGCCUGGGAUGUGAAGAGAGCAAGAUCUAUCCAAGUUACAGUGAGAAGCCAGAACAGAGAGGACCUGACCAUCUGGGUAGAUCCCUAUGACCCCAUCCAACAAAUGCAGCAGCAGCCAGAGCUAGCCUGCCUCCUGUACGAGGAGCAGUACCUGUUCUUCCAAGAGCCUGGCUGUAGGAAGCAGCAAACCCUUAGGAGCCACUACUCUCUAGCAGAUUAUGGCAUCUUCUCCGAUGUCACCAUUUGGCUAUCGGGAAGAGUCAACUCGGAGAUCCAGCUGUUCAUCAAAUUCUCCAGAAGCAGGAUCUAUGGUUACUCCAUGAGGUCCAACGACUUCAUCGGAAAACUGAUGAGGAUGAUUGAAGAAAAUGAAGGGCUGUCCCCAGGGGACCAUAUUCUGAUGUUCCAGGGACAGCCCCUCCACAUGGAUUUCUCCCUCGAGUACUAUGGCAUCCAGGAGGGUGACACCUUGGUUAUCUCAGAAAGAAAACCCCGGCCAUCCUUCCCCAGAAAAGAACAACAUGGGCGAUAUUUUUUUUAAACUUUCCCAGUA